AUGUUACUUUUAACUUUAGCUCGUUAACUUCAAAGAAAAUUAUUUGCUUAAGUUUAUUGUUUAUGUUGUCCUUAUAAUUAAUCUUUUUUGAUCGGUACUAAGUUAUUCUUGUAGAGAACAUAAUAAGUGGGUUUGGUUAAUUGUUUUUGUCAUUAAAAUUUGUUGUUUGUUCUUCAAGUCGUAGGUAAUCAUUAAAGAAUGCUAAGAUGAAAGAAAGUAAAAUAAAUUUGGCUGAUAUUUCCAGCAAAAUUCGAUUGCUUGAUGAUUCAGAAAUUUCAUUUGAUUUUAAGAAAGAGACACUUGGAUCAGAAUUACUUGAUUUUGUGUGCAAACAUCUGGAUGUUUUAUCUAAAGAUUAUUUUGGACUAAGAUAUGUUGAUACAAAUAAACAAAGACACUGGUUGAAAUCAAAUAAAGAAAUCAUUAAGCAAUUAAAAGAUUCACGACAACCUUAUAUGUUUUUCUUUCGAGUAAAAUUUUAUCCAACAGACCCUACAAAAGUAAAAGAAGAAAUCACAAGAUAUCAAUUAUAUUUACAAUUAAAACGAGACAUAUUGCAUGGAAGACUUCUUUGUCCUACAAGUAGUAUUACAGAACUCGCUGGACAUAUUGUUCAAGCGGAAUUAGGGGAUUAUAAUCAAGAUGAGUUUGGAGAUGGUUAUCUAAAAGAUUUGAAGCUUCUUCCGAGACAGAAUGAAAAACUGCUUGAAAAGAUUGUGGAGUGUCAUAAAAGUUUGACUGGAUGUUCACCUGCAGAAAUUGAGAAUAAAUUUCUUGAUAUUGUUAAAAGUCAAGAUUUGUAUGGUGUUGAUCCGCACCCUUGCAAGGACCAUGAUGAUUUACCUCUGUAUCUUGGUUUAACACCUCAUGGUAUACAAGUUAUUCGAGAGGCCAAACGAGUUUCUGGAUUUGUCUGGUCAGAUAUAAAUAAAGUUUCAUAUGACAACAAGUUAUUUUACAUUCAAACACUCAAGCAUAAGAAAAAGCAAAAUUAUGUCUUUUGUUUAAAUGAUACUCCAUCUUGCAAACACCUCUGGAAAUGUACUGUAGAACAUAUGUCUUUUUACAGCCAAAGUAAUACGCCAAAGGUUUUAAAGAAAUCUAAAAUUUUAUCUCCACAAAAUUUGUUUAGAAAACCAAAGCCAAGGUUUGGUGGAAAACCAGAACAUGCAGUUAUUUCUGAUGAAAUCAUAAGACCUUCACCACCUACAUUCACAAGGGCCGAUGACACAAGUUUUGAAGAAGAAUGGAGUAAAAGCUUGCGCUUAUCAGUUCAGUAUAAACCAUCACCAUCACCAUCAAGAUCUAUUGCAUCAGAUAAUCAAAAUACUUUUGUAUCAGAGAAUUCUCAAAAACCUGUAACAUCAGAAAAUCAUUUAUCAGUCCCAAGUUUUGAAAUCAAUCAACCAAAAAUACCAUUGGAAGAAACUGCUAGUGUAAAUAUGAAUAGUUCAAUGGAAUCAUUAGUUUCUUCAGCUCAAAUGAAUGAUUUCAAAACUGAAGAAUUUCCUGACACCGAGUCUGUCUGUAGUAGUCAAGAUGAGGAUGUUUCUUUUGACAAUAGUAAAAUUGAUGUGCUCUCAACUAAUCACAAUGAUUGUGCUACUCAAGAUAAAGUAAUUGAAGGUAGCAAAUCAGAAACUCAAUUAAAGCCUAAAAACAGUGAGGAGAUUGUAUUAGUCAAUUCUUCAAAAUUCAUUGAUUCUUUUUGUAGUCCUUUAUUUGUUUUGAUAUUAACUGCCAUCAUAAUGAUUCCUCUUGCAGUUGUCUUAAAUAAAAUUCUAAAUUGACAGAUAUUAGCGAAAUACUUUUGUAAAAAAUUUUAGAUAACUGAAUUGCAAUUUUUUAAUAUUAUAUUGGAGUUUUUAUUCCUUAUAGUUUUUCUGUAUUCAUUAAUUAUUUUUGUGAUUUUUAUUGUUAAAAUUUUCAUAUUUUUCUUUUUACUUUAACUUUUUGUUGAUUUUUUUCCAAGUUUACAUUUACUGUUGAUGUUGUUGUUUUUUUAAAGAAAGUCAGGGCUAGGUUUACGCAAACAAAGGUGUAGGUAUAGAUAUAGUCAUGAAUUCGUUUUUUUUU